AUGGAGACUCUCAACCGCACCUUCAAAUCCGCCACGAACGCCCUCUGGAACGAAAUCCAAGCCACCACCCAGCCCCCUCAAGAGUCACAACCGCACGGCGAGGAGCCCAUGUCUGGCAUUCAGGGUACAGGCAGCGUGACGGAUCCUUAUGAUGGAGGGAACCGUGAUGACCAGCCCGGCGCCCCCCGCACCACAGCCAACACAGCCCUCAUCCCCGAACCCCUCGUCUCGACCGCCGCCGCCACCACCACCGCCGCUGGCGACCACGCCCAGAACCCCCAGUCGCCCAGCAACGCCGACCUGGCCCUCAAGAACGUCAUCGUCGACGAGCCCGCCCUCCCCACCCAGAAAAUGGAGUACCCGGACCCCAUGACAGCCGCCGCGCCGACCAAAGCUGCCGAGACGGCGGGUGCGCCGAGUAGCGGCUCGGCGGGGAUGAAGCAGCUGGCUGCGUCCGGGGGCGCUUUGCAGGGGGGAAAGACGACGGGAGUGUCGGAGCAGAGGGGAGGGGUGUUGCCGUUGACUAGUAACUCGCCGUCGGCUUGGCUGGGAGAGGGGUCUGGUUCUGGGGCUGGAGAGACGCUUGCGAUCCGUGAAAAGAAGAAGGAUGAUCUUCUGCAGGCGAAUAGGGGGUUGCCUGCUUCAGAGGGUAUGCAGCCUGCGCCUGCGACUGCGACUGCUUCAGCGCACGAGCCGAACGACGACGACGACAGGCUUAGAUCCUCAGCUGCUGCUGCCGGAAUCGUUGGCGCAGGUGCGGGUACCACUACCGCUGGUGCUGGUGCCGGUGCUGGUGCCGGUGCUCUCCGCACAAAACCCCAACCCGACACUAUCCCCUCUUCCAGCAUCGCGCCGGAGGAUAAGAUUGCGUCUAAAGACCAGCCUUUCGGUGCUAGAUCAACCUCUGCCUCGCAGCCGCAGCAGCAGCAGCAGACAGAAAAACCCACCACUACCACCACCACCACUGGUGCAGGUACCGCGUCAGACACGGAAUCCGUCGGCCCCAGCAACGAAAAGAAAGACUCCAUUACUUCCCCAGCGGAGCACGACACCCUCCCCACGGCCACUCACGACAACAAAGUCAGCGAGGAAGCCCUGAAGGGCCCGCAGACGCCUGCCCCGCGCGAGCCAUUCGAGUUUGAGAAGAGGAUGGGGUCGAAGGGGGGUGCGGCUAAAUCUAUGGAAGGGUAUGUGUUUGCGCCACAGGCUGGAGCGGGUGCCGAUGGCUCGAAUGACACCGAGGCUGAGAAGCACGGUAAGGGACACGGGCAGGGGAAGAUGGCUCAUUUGAAGGAGAAGGUGGGGAAGGUUCUGCAUCAUGGAAGUUAUGAUAUCAUGGACACUGCUUUUGCUUUUGUUGAGAUUUGA